AUGAUGGGGGGUGAUGGGGGUGAUGGGGGUGAUAGGGGUGAUGGGGGUGAUGGGGGUGAUGGGGAUGAUGGGGGUGAUGGGGGUGAUGGGGGUGAUGGGGAUGAUGGGGGUGAUGGGGGAGAUGGGGAUGAUGGGGGUGAUGGGGGUGAUGGGGGUGAUGGGGGUGAUGGGGGUGAUGGGGGUGAUGGGGGUGAUAGGGGUGAUCGGGGUGAUGGGGGUGAUGAGGGUGAUGGGGGUGAUGGGGGUGAUGGGGGUGAUGGGGAUGGUGAUGGGGGUGAUGGGGAUGAUAGGGGUGAUCGGGGUGAUGGGGGUGAUGGGGAUGAUGGGGAUGAUGGGGGUGAUGGGGGUGAUGGGGAUGAUGGGGGUGAUGGGGGUGAUGGGGGUGAUGAGGGUGAUGGGGGUGAUGGGGUGAUGGGGGGGGUGAUCGGGUGA